AUGCCUUUUACACAGAUGAUGAGGGUGACAGAUCAAUUGGGAGAAAGAGCUCGUCUUAGCUUCACCAUAGGCAAUACACCCUGGCUACUAGACUCCAGCACCACGGUGAGGUGCGAGCUCAUCGCUGGAGGCCUGGCCGAAAUCGACCAGGCACCCGCCAUCCACAUGAGACCUGAUCGAGCACCCGCACCCACUGGUAUCCUGAUCGAGAUCAACCAGGGAUUUCAGCAAGGUGACCUUGGUCGCCGGAGCCUGAUCGAGAUCGACCAGGCACCUGCAUCCACUAAAACCUUGUCGAUUCGACAAGGCCAAGUUUCCGCCGGCAACUGGUCCUCGAGAAGCCUCUCGACUUCUCGCUUGCUGCUGUCGUUCCUCCUCCUGGCGAGCUCGCCAGGUCUGCGCCUCGAGAGCGCGCACGUCUUUACCGGUGGUCUAGCGGUUUUCGGCUUCCCCGUUCCGGUUUCCAGCCAAGGAAUCAUUGUUCGUCUCGACGGCCACGGUCAGAGGGCGGGUGCUAGAGCCACCAGACGUAUUCGCAACACUCGGGCACCACCAUCACGACGGUUCCGACGAUACGAAGGAACCGAAGUGCUGGGGAGGUUGACAGAAGCCAUUCUAUCAUCCCAUGUUCUAAGUGAGCCUCGCUCAAGUAACAAGAGUCUGUUCCAUAGGAAUUCUCACCUCGGCUGCUGCAAUGACCAGGCUAUCAGGCAGCUUGCUAUUCUGGUAUACAGACAUAGCGAAAAGGCCGUUUGGGGGAAGAGAGGAGCUAUAAAAACGAGUUUGUCAACGUAAAGAAAGUAAAACCUGAACAGAUCCUGUUGGCAGUGCCUUUUAAGAUGGAAGCAGGCUGUAGUGAGAGGAAGAAAGAGGAGGAAAGGAGGGAGAUAAGACAGAAAAGAAAAAGAAACACGAGAAGCGCGAAGAGCUAGCAAGUGAAUUCAAACAGACAGAAUCUUCUCUUUCUCACAACACAAGAAGGGCUGUACCAUUGCGAGUAUUCACUGAGCCUCGCACCCCCAAUCAUCUCUGCCUCGCCAGAGCUACAUCCCACAUUCCAUCUAUCUUGAGACUCAUUCCUAGAUAUAAAUCCUCAUACCGUCAUCAUGACUGCCAUAAUAUUACCAGAGGAUCAGAAUGGCUGGAGAGACCAAGCAAGGAGAAACAAGGUGGAGAAUCAAACUCUACGGAUGAACGUGAAGUUAUAUUCCGCAU